AUGGCGGACAUGGCUAGUCAGGCAGUGGCUUUUCUGAAUAUUGUUUCUCUUUUGUCUCCAGGAAUUGUGACUAAUAACGAUUUAUAUAUCGAAGAUUAUCACGAGAAGCGAAUUCUGUCAAAAAUAUUCAAGGGAUACGAAGGGUCCCCACCAAAUGUGGUGACUUGCAUUCCGUAUUUGUCGCUGAAACACAUUCAAGCUGUAGACGAUGUUGAUCAAACUAUGAGUCUUUUUGCAACUCUUUAUUUGAGUUGGAAAGAUGACAGACUUGUUUGGAACCCUGCAGAUUAUAAUGGAAUUGAAAAAAUUGGACGAGAUAAAUCAAUUUACAAUUUGUAUCGCUUAUGGAUUCCUGAAAUGUUUAUAUCCGAUUUAAGCUCAGCGAGUUCAAACAUUUUUGAAUAUCUUAACCAUGCAAUGAUACAAAUUGUGAACGACGGAAUGGUGCGAAUCAGUAUCGAUAUACGCGUAAGAGCUACGUGUGCAUUUGACUUUGGAGAAUAUCCGCACGAUUUUCAGAACUGUUCUUUCAGUCUUUAUACACCAUAUGACGCGAAUACUUUCCGUUUCUCUGAAUUUGGUGUUGCUGAUCAUUUUAGAUACGAGUCGAAUGAUGAAGCCAUACCAGAUGUUAAUGAUUAUAAGCUGAGCGAUAUUGAAAGUGAAGGAUUCUAUAUUUUCUUUGGAAACUUGCUUGUUAAAAAAAUGAAAGACUACAAUCCUCGAUAUUUGAAGCCAAUAUUUAGAUACAACCUUAUCUUUGAAAGGGAUAGCAAGUUUUACAAACCAAAAAUGGCCUAUCCAAUACUCUCUGCUGCUUUAAUCGUGUGCAUUUCGGGAUUAUUCCGUGGACUUACUGGAAUUGUUUGGCUUCUCUUAUCAUCAGCAUAUCUUAUCUUCAAUCUCAUCGACAUUCUUGAAAGUCUUCCGCCGAAUUAUUCGUCGAUACCCUUAAUUGGACAAUUUGCUGUUUUUCUUUUAAUUGAAACGAUGCUCUUGAAUUGUUGGAGAAUAGUCACCAUGUACCUCGUUGCUAAAAUGGAUAUUCCAAAACUUGAAAAGUUUGAAGAUAGUGACGUGGUUUCUCUUGAUGUUGUUACAAUUGGAGAAAGCUUGAUUUCUGUAAUUCUGGGAGUCGAAAUAGUAAUGUCAAUAUUGUUGUUCCUAUAA